AUGAAGACCUUCAUAUUAUUUACAUCCCUCAUCGCAGGCACCCAGAGCCUCGCACCGAUAAUAGGUCUCGAAGACGCAAAUCCUACAUCAGACAACUACAUCGUGGUCCUGAAAAAAGGAACUUCCAACGCAGCAUUCCAAUCGCACUUGUCGUCUGUCAGCACCAGACUAAGCACACGUAGCACGAUCAAACAGCACGAUAUCUUCAACACUGGCACAUUCAAAGCCUACACCCUCGUCGUGCCAAAUACCACCAUCGUCUCCCUAGCAAAAACCCCCGAGAUCGACUACAUCGAACGCGACCAGCCCUUUACUCUACCUUCUGUGGCGUCUUUCGAGUCUACCGCAAAACGCAGCGUCCAGGCCAACGCGCCGUGGAACCUUGCGCGGAUCUCGCACAGACAAAGAGGGAGUACCGAUUACGUAUAUCAACCAACGACCGGCACAUGGGUGUAUAUACUCGAUACUGGCAUAAGAGUCUCGCACCAGAGUUUCCAGGGACAAGCGGUGUGUGCCUUCAACGCUGUUGCAUCGGGCACGUGCGAUGAUUUGAACGGGCAUGGAACACAUGUCGCUGGCAUCGCGAGCUCGCAGACGUAUGGCGUUGUCCGUUUCGCGGGGAUUGUGGGCGUACGGGUGUUGGACAGUUCGGGUUCGUCGACGACUGCAACUAUCAUCUCCGGCAUCAACUGGGCCGUGCAAGACAUCCUGAGCAAGGGCCGCGUCGGCAAAGCAACCGGUCUACUCGCUGUCGGCGGCGGGUUUAGCGCUGCCUUGAAUGCCGCCGUUGCUAGCGCCGCCAGCUCUGGCUUGAUGCUAGCAGUCGCUGCAGGGAGUGAGGGUACCAGCGGUGGUAAUACAUCUCCUGGGUCGGAGCCAACGGCUUGCGUGGUAGGCGCGACCACUGUCGGGGAUGCUCGGCUGGCUUCUUCCAAUUACGGACCUAAUAUCGACAUCUGGGCCCCAGGGCAGAACAUCGUCUCGCUCUGGAUCACAAGCAGCACGGCCACAAAUGCGCUCUCGGGUACAUCGGUCGCAGCGGCGCACAUCGCCGGGCUUGGGGCGUACUUUCUCGCGCUCGAAGGACCGCGAGGUGCGGUAGAACUAUGCGAGAGGAUGAGGCAGGUUGCGACGGCGAAUGUGCUUACGGGGAUUCCAGCGGGCACGGCGAAUCUCCUGGCAUACAACUUAAGCGGUCUGUAA